AAAACUGAAGGGGCAUUGAGAUAGGUGAGAGAGGGAGCUAAUGGAAUCACAAAAAGCUGUAGCUUUUGCUUUGACCGUUCUCCCUCUUCCAUGCACAACUGCACACCCACAAACACACAUCCAAAGCCACCACAAGGAAGCAGCCCCAAACACUUUCCAAAUAAAAAAUCCCUUUUGCUGUCUCCCUUUAGUUUUCUUCAGCAAACUUCCCCUCCUCCCCUUGCUGCUUCCCCUCAGUCGUGGAUGCCAGGCGGAGCCAUCCAACAUCCGCACACUGAAAGCUCUAAAGUUGUGAUCUUUGGGAGCAAGAUCCUGGCUUGAGAAGAUCUAUUGGUGAUGGAGCAAAAUAUUUUUGGUUCUUUGGUGGAGUGCUUCAAAUAGUUUUUUCUUUCUGGGAAAAAUGGAGUAGUAAUUUGUUGGUCAAUUUGGCCUGUUAGACACAUAGGGGUUAUUAAUGGCUUCAAAGGCUACCUCGAGUAACCGCUCUGAGAAACAAGUUAAAACACCUGGGAACCAGAAAGUAAAGCCAAAUUUUCCACAUACUAAACAUGUUGCAAAGCCAAGCAAAUCAGAGCCUACUGCAUCAAAAAAUUUGGUAGCUGUCGGCGAGAGCAUGACAAAGCAUAUUUUGUCCGAAGUUUCAGAGAAUAAAGAACCAAACCACUCGCUUAAGGACACUAUUGAUUCUAUAACAGAUAAGGUUCGUUCUACGGUCAUGCUUUCUUCAGAAAACAAUGACAUGAAUCCAUCUUCCGAUGGUUGGAAGCAACCAACACAGCGUGCCGAUUCCAUUGAACCAAGUGGGACCAUUAUCUUGGAAGGCAAUGGAGAUCAAGAAAAGAAAUCUGAACACGGUGCAAAUAAUGGUAUUGUUUCUGCUAAAGCUAGUGUUGAGGACAACAGUAUAACAAGGGCUAGUGAAGGUGCUAAGAUCAGUGACAAAGCUGAUGUUAUUGAGAACAGGAAAAGCAGCAUGUGCAGGCCUAGUACAAGCAGUGAUAUCAGUGAUGAGAGCUCAUGCAGUAGCUUGAGUAGCAGCAUUACUAAGCCCCAUAAGGGAAACGAUUCAAGAUGGGAAGCAAUUCAAGUGAUACGAGCUAGAGAUGGAUUUCUGGGUUUAAACCAUUUUAGGCUGCUAAAGAGGUUGGGAUGCGGUGACAUAGGUAGUGUUUAUCUAUCAGAGUUAAGCGGCACAAAAAGUUAUUUUGCAAUGAAGGUCAUGGACAAGGGAUCAUUGGCUAGUCGUAAAAAGCUUCUAAGAGCUCAGACAGAGAGGGAGAUAUUACAAUGUCUGGAUCAUCCAUUUCUUCCGACGCUAUAUACCCACUUUGAAACUGAUAAAUUCUCCUGUCUGGUGAUGGAGUUCUGCCCGGGAGGAGACUUGCACACCCUUCGGCAGAGGCAACCAGGGAAAUAUUUUUCUGAACAAGCAGUGAAGUUCUAUGUAGCAGAAGUCCUCCUAGCACUAGAAUACCUGCACAUGCUUGGCAUUAUAUACCGUGAUCUCAAGCCAGAAAAUGUCCUUGUUCGGGAGGAUGGGCACAUCAUGCUUUCUGACUUUGACCUUUCCCUUCGAUGUGUCGUUAGCCCCACACUGAUCAAGUCUUCCAACCCAAAAUCGGAAUCAUCACGGAAGAACAACCCAGUCUACUGUGUCCAGCCUGCUUGCAUCGAACCACCCUCCUGUAUCCAGCCUUCUUGUAUUGCUCCCACGACAUGCCUUGGCCCUCGGUUUUUCUCCUCCAAGUCCAAGAAGGACCGGAAAUCUAAGACUGAGAUAGGGAACCAGGUUAGCCCCUUACCUGAGCUCAUAGCAGAACCCACAGAUGCCCGUUCAAUGUCGUUUGUGGGUACACAUGAGUACUUGGCCCCUGAGAUCAUCAAGGGUGAGGGCCAUGGGAGUGCCGUCGACUGGUGGACCUUUGGCAUCUUUCUGUAUGAGCUUUUGUUCGGGAAAACUCCAUUCAAGGGAUCAGGUAAUAGGGCCACAUUGUUCAAUGUCAUCGGGCAGCCAUUGCGCUUUCCGGAUUCCCCAAUUGUGAGCUUCUCUGCCAGGGACCUGAUAAGGGGACUGCUCGUGAAAGAGCCACAGCACAGGCUCGCAUAUAAGCGUGGGGCUACGGAGAUAAAGCAGCAUCCGUUCUUCGAGGGCGUAAAUUGGGCCUUGAUACGGUGUGCAAGCCCCCCAGAAAUCCCGAGACCUGUCGAGAUCGACAGGUCCCCACAGCCUAUGGCAUCAACAAGCCAAAUAUCUGCACCUGCAAUCAAUCAGAAACGAUCUGAUAACUAUCUUGAAUUUGAUUUCUUCUAGUGAUGCUUCUCCACUGAGUACCUCUGCUGUGUCAGGAGUGGGUCUAUAGUUUUUCUAAAUGUUUCAGUGUUUGCAGCUGGUGUUUUGUAUCAACUGUCAAAUUUCUAUCAAGCUGCUUACUGCAAGUUGCAUAUGGUUUUCCAUGAUUUGUACUCAAUACUUCUGAAUGAAUGUUGAGACAUUUUCUCCUGUUCA